AUGAUAUAAAGCUAACCUUAACAAUCUUAAUUCUAGAAGAGAAUGUAAAAAAUUAAAGGCUUUUUGAAUUCUGAAUCCAAUUUUUCUCCUCUCGAAGAAAUCACAGAAAGGAAAACUAAAACUCCCCUUUUAACACAAUAUCAAUAGUAAAGUUCUGACUUAAGCGAUCAUGACACACAAUAUAAUAAUGUUGAAAAUAAUCAGAUUGGAUUGAAGAAUAACAGCUUCUUGGAUGAAUACACUCUAGGGGAGAAAUUAGGAGAAGGUACAAAUGGAGUAGUGUGGUUGUGUUGGCCUAAAAAAGAUGAUAAAGUGAAAUAUGCAGUUAAAGUGAUUCCGACUGACGAUGAAGAAAUAAUUAAUAUUGUAAAAUAAGCAUUCAUCAAUUCACAAUUACUAAAAAGCCCGUUUAUAGCAAAAUGUUAUAAAUUGUUCAUUGAAUAAACAAAGUUAUAUAUGUUAAUGGAAUGGGUGCCAUGUUCUAGUUUAGAGACUCUUUUAAAACAGAAUUAAAAACUAAAAGAAAAACAAGUGUAAUAGAUUGCCUUGACUUUACUGAAAGCAGUAAAAUGCUUACAUAAAGCAGGUGUCUGCCAUCGAGACAUCAAGCCAGAUAAUAUUUAAGUUUUUAAGUAAUGAUAAUCUUUUUAUACUUAGAGAUUACUAGAUCAAGUUGAUUGAUUUUGGUGUUUCUAGAAGAUUUGUUACCAUUAAUUAAAAUACAUUAAGGUACAAUCGUAAUAAAAUGAUGACAAUUACUGGGAAUAUCCAUUACCGAGCACCAGAAGUUUAUAGAGAUUAUGGAUAUGAUUCCCAAAUUGAUUUAUGGUCAAUAGGCGUAGUGAUAUAUUAAUGUCUUACUGGUAUAUUACCAUAUUCUUCUGAAUACACUGGAGAUUUAAUUGAAAUUCUUUCUUAAAAGUAAUUCAUAAAAACUAUUGUAGAGAACCACAAUUAAAACCCUUCCAUCAUUAAGCUUUUUUAGAUUUACCCACAAGUUGUAGAGAUUUCAUUAAAAGAUUAAUGAUGUGGAAUCCUUUAAAAAGAUUGAAUGCUUCAGGUACUUACCUGUUCUAACUUAGAGGCAUUAAGGCAUAUUUGGGUGCCUACCCAUACAUUACCAAACAAGAUUAAAAUUGUAAAGGAUGAUAUUGAUGUAAGUAAGAGUAGUCAAAAUAGUGAUCUAUACAAUAAAACUCUUAUUAAUUCAGCAAUGAUGUUGAAUCAAGAAUUAACAAAUACACUUACAAAGAGUAGAAAAUUUGAUGCAAUUUAAGAGGAAGAGACUCCAAAAGAGUUAAAUAAAAGUUUAGAAGUUUCAAUAAAUGCUUUACACAAUACUUAAGAUAGUUUGAAAUAGAAAUUAGAAUAAUUCAAAUUAUAAGCUUCAACUUAAAUUCAUUAAAGAGUUGGUGAAAAGAAGGAAACUAUUAAAUACAUUAAUACUAUUACAAUCUUUGAGAGUGAAAAAAACAUGAGUAUUGAUGAUUUGAAUCCAAAUAUGGAAACUUCAAUAAAUGUUAGAAGUUAACAUAUAAAACCUUGCAAGAAUAUCAAAGAGUUAUUUGGAUUAAAUUUAUGCGUAAGUUAAGUAUCAUUAACAUAAAUUGAAGACUUACCUGAAAAUGAUAUUUAAUUAUUUCAAAGUAAACAAAUUGAUCCUGAUCUCUUAGAUUAGCUCUCAUAAUUUGAAUAAUGA